AUGGCUCAGUCUACUGAGCAGCCGGCAAGCGCUGCGGCGGCUGACGGGGAGAUUCGAGAGUACAAGAUCCACGCCUCGACCAAGUACCUUGAAUUGACGCGGCAGAAGCUCGAGCUGGCCCGGCUGCCGCGCGAGAUUCCCGACGCGAACUCGACGUCGUGGUGGAAUCCCAAGCCGGCCCUGGAGCCGCUGAUCGACUAUUGGCUUGAGAAGUUCUUCUGGAAAGAGCAUGAGAGGGAGAUCAACCAGUCCGUCCCGCAGUUCAAGAUCAGCUUCCAGACCUCUGCCACGGAAGCCCCUACAAGGAUACACUUCAUCCACGCCCGGUCGCGGCAUGCCAAUGCCGUGCCUCUGCUCCUGAUACCGCCAUUCCCCUUUACCAAUCUCUCCUUCCGCCACAUUACCGAAACCUUUACGGAUCCCAGCGAUGCGACCGUCGACCAGCCCUUCCACCUUGUCAUGCCAUCGCUUCCCGGCCUGGGCUUCAGCGAUUCUCUACCGGACAACAUGCCCGUCAUCCCCAAGACAUCCGAGAUGCUUGAUACCCUCAUGAAGCGACUUGGGUACGAGCACUAUAUCGCGAGCAGCUCUGGAUCAGUCGUUUCGCCAGAAGGCGGAGUCGACUGGAAGAUCAUCAACCUCCUGGCUGCUACUUACCCAGAUUCAUGCCUCGGCGUCCAUUUGAUAUCGCCGCCGUUGAAAGCACCAAAGGCGCUAAAGUCACCCGUCGAAUGGAUGAAAUUGACGUUGGCAAAGACGCUGCAAACGUCCAUUUUUGGUUAUACAAAGGAGGACAUUGUGACUCUCCAAAAGAACGAGCGAGAAAGAGCCGAGAAGACACCUUUUUCGAACAUCCUCGCGCUGGGGCCGUUCGCUGCCGGUGCAUACGACCCUAACACGCUGGCUUACGCGCUCUGCGACUCUCCAACGGGGCUGCUCGUGUUUUUCUUGGCCCUGUUCAGGGAAUUGGAUUCCGAUAAAGAGUACACUUCCUUAGAACUCGUCACGACAACCAAGCUGACGUGGCUUCCGGGGCCAGAGGGCACACUCAGAUUGCUGGCAGACAGUUACCUUUCGGGAGAUGAUCUGGGCCUUAAACCUUCACGGAAACCCAAAGCAUCCAUUACAGUGUUUGUGGCGGACGAUGAGGCGGGACAAAGUGCUUCUAAUUCAGCUCAGCAGAGCGCUCCCUCAGCAUCGGCCAAGCCGUAUGCGUGCCCCAGCUGGGGCAAGCAGCACUAUGAUGUCGUCUGGACUGGCCGGGUCCGUGGCAAGCAGGGGUUGUUGGCUUGGGAACGACCACAGGUGAUUGCAGAGGGCGCAAGAAACCUCGCCAAGGCAUUGAUUGCCGUGGACAAGAGGCUCCAGGCGCCUGUGAACGGAGCGGCUUAG